AUGCACCGGACGUGGAAUCCGUGGUUACACUUAGGCAGGACCUUGACUCGCUCUCCGGGCGUGAACUCCGAUAAGCAAAUCACGCACUCGGUGUCCAAUCCUGGUAGUUUCAUCCCCGUUGAGUAG